UUGAAAAUACUAGCAGUAGUACAGCUGUAAUCAUGGUAAUUGAAUCAGGGGUAUUGACUAUUCAUUGAUUGUACCGGUACUACUCCCUGGUUGAAGCCUGUUUGUUACCACCACAUGUACCGGUGAAAGUAUUUUCAACUCCCUAAACCGUUACAAGUAUUUCCAUUUUAUUUUGUGAAAUUUCACCCUUUGUAGCGUCUCCUGCUGUGAUAUUUUACUAUGGCGUGUGUUCCUGGUGCAGAGGAAAUGCUAUCAAUUGCCAAAGGCUCGAAUAAUUCAUCGAUCGGAGAUGAUCAAGUCCUGAUGUUCUGUCGCAGCUCGGCAGACAUGCUGAAUGGACACCUGGAGAACUAUUUGCCAUCAAGUAGCAUUAGAGAACAGAUCGGCAUUGUCGAGUGUGUGUCAGAGGAGCAGUCUAGCAAUGUGACAAACUACAUUCGCUGCUUACGUAAUCUGUGCCCAGAUGCCGAUCAUCAGAGUUUGAUUGGGGAGUCUACAGUGGUGUCCAGCGUUGCAAGACUUCUCCAUCUUCUACUGGCUGUCAGCUCACACUCUACUGAGUCUUUUACUCAUUGGCCUCUAGUUCGUGUGUCACUACAGCUUUGUGGCAAUCUAGCUGUAAACAGCAUUGACAAUGUAACCGUCCUCUGGCCAUUGCUCUUCCCACACAUAUUACAAUUUGGCAUAUCCAGUACUGACGAUCGUACAGUCAACAUUACAGCAAUGGUGAUUGACACUUGCCUGGCUGUUGAUCCUAGUCGCAGAUCCUAUCUACACACAGAUGUCACCAAUGGCAGACCACUUCUAGCCAAGCUUCUCCUCGCAACAAAUGAGCGGCCGGAGCUGGAAUUUCCGUUGCGCCUGGCUGAGCAACUGGUAUCUGGCGAUGACUUUCCUGCGCUGUACAGUGCGCUAUCAGAUCACAUUGAAGCGCGGGUAGUCAUGGUGGAUUUGUUGAAUGCAACACUGUCAGAUCAUACUGAUUCAACAGCGUCCCCGUCAACCACAGCCACGUUUCAAUCUGGCAAUGCUGUUUUCGCAGAGACUGCACUCUUUCUUGCUGCACAGUGUGGAACAUGUGCGUCUAAGCUACCUCUCACAGCGCCAGCAGUGGCUCACAAGACACCUCACAUUAGUCUGGCGCUGAGCAUUAUCCAGUACUUAAGCUACCUGUCGUCACGUAUGGAUGGUCGUCACAUUCUGCUCAAGUAUCCCAAAGCCUUCACAGCUAUCUUGGAUGCUCUCCGGCGACUAACACCAGCAGCAGCAGCAGUAGGUAGUCAAGCAGAUCAGACCAUCUAUGCCAAUGAAGAAGAGGGCAAGAAGAGCACCUAUUGUGGUGUAAAGCGAGACUUGGUCCGUUGUCUGGCCAACCUGAUGUCAUUGGAGCCGUUCAAGGAUCAGCUAUGCGCCGAGGAAGGCAUGUCUGUGCUGCUGAACAAUUGCCGCGUGGAUCACUGUAAUCCAUACCUUGGCCAGUGGUCAAUUCUAGCUAUUCACAAUGCGUGCGAAAAUCACCGUGGAAACCAAACAGUGAUUGCAAACCUCAAGAAGCAAGGCUCGGCGGAUGUUAGUCUUCUGCGCAAAAUGGGCAUGGAUGUGGAUAUCUCCGAUGACGGUACAAUCAGAGUGAAGGCAGCCUCUCUUCCGGAGUGAUUCGCACAGCACUGUACAGGUCUCUGGUGAUCAACCUAUCCACGGUAGUGUGCACAUGAUUUGUGCGCAGACCAGCAGGUUGGCUUUGCAUUGAUAUGCUGAAGUGAGCAAGAGCCAAUGUGACAGCCAUGACUUCGGGAUGAGGACACCAGCAUCAGUUUGGACACGGUGUCCAUGCUCUCCAGAUGCCCAGCAGCUCUGGAAUAUUUGCUUUGAGAACAAGCCAUCUUACACUACAGCAAUGCUCUGGUCUGACAAGAUCAACCGUAGUGCACGAUGACUGGCUAGUUCGCAAUGACCAGCUAGUGUGUGGUGACCAGCUAGUGUGUGGUGACCAGCUAGUGUGUGGUGACCAGCUAGUGUGUGAUGACCAGCUAGUGUGUGAUGACCAGCCAGUGUGUGAUGACCAGCCAGUGCGUGGUGACCAGCUAGUGUGUGAUGACCAGCUAGUGUGUGGUGACCAGCUAGUGUGUGGUGACCAGCUAGUGUGUGAUGACCAGCUAGUGGGUGGUGACCAGCUAGUGUGUGGUGACCAGCUAGUGUGUGGUGACCAGCUAGUGCGCAAUUGUUUCUUACACUGGUCUACUCACAUAGGUGCAUCUACCGUAUGUGUCGGUUUUGCCACUUGCCAACUUUAUAAGGGCUGUACUCUCAAAGGCCAGAUGACGCUGCAGAAUCGGUUGCGAGAGUGGCAUGGAUGCAUUCCCACCAAUGGAGAGGGCCUAGAGAUGAGAUUGGCGGUAUGAGCGCCCGGAUUCUUCGCCCGCCACUCGAGAUACAGUGCAGAGCCUGUCCCCUGGUUGUACAUGCACUUGAAGCGUGCACUCUUCUUCACCUGUGUUCCACCGGCACCAGUAGCUCAUCAGUACCUGAUCCCAAGCUGCUGCUGCCGAUUUGGUAGCAUACCCCUGCACAGGAUGCAGCUCAGCUGCAUUGCAGACUGGUUGUGCACACGGACAUUGCCACUCUGCUCUCCAGACAGUUGAGUGGAGCUGCACACUACAGCUGUACUACCUACUGGCCGUUAGGGUCACUGUGAAUGAUACUGCACUUCAGUUUGGACCACACUGUACACCAGGGAGUACUUCCUGCUGUACAAUGUACAUCAGGGAGUACUAAAAUACCGGUAUUUUAAGAAUUCUCCCUGAUGUACAGUGUGCAAUGUCACCUGCCGGCAGUGCAUUGCAAUGUGUGCACUGAGUGCUGCGCAGUCUGCUCUUCUUCUUCUUGCCAGGACUUUUGGUUUUAUACACGAUUUUAUUUUUGCGCGCCACCGAACUGCUCUCGCUCAUCACACUUAUAGUGCUGGUGGGACUACCUAACACAACUCACACACAGUUAUCAGCUACAUGUCCUUACCUGGCUGUACCGGCGUGAAAUUUGACUCACUAUGCUGUUCGUGUGUGCCCGGGCCCGGCCCGGUGUAGUACCCAGAGCCUAUUGGCGCAGGGCAUUGAGUGUAGCAUCGCAAUUCAGCUGCUACGAGAACUUACGAGUCACGACACAGUUGCCACUGCACUACUGGUGGUCGAAUUGUACUAUCAUGAUAAUCCGACUCUGCACGUUAUUAAUUUCUUAUCCAGCAGCAGCUAGCUGGCUUGCUCGGCGAGCUUCAGCUGACCUAACAUCUGCCUUUUAGAAAUUCGACUUGAGGUAGGAUUUCUCA